UUUUUUUUUUUGGGUCACGGUCACUGUGACCAGCAACCGCCACAAAAUCUUUUAAAACUUUUUUUUUCCGUCGGCUUAUUGAGUGAGGAAUCAUGACGACCGGCCAGGAUGAAAGUUCAGUCCGUGUAGCGCUGAGGAUUCGUCCUCAGCUUGCCAGGGAGAAGAUUGAGGGGUGUCACAUCUGUACAUAUGUGAUGCCUGGGGAGCCUCAGGUCAUCCUGGGAAAAGACAAGGCCUUCACCUAUGACCAUAUGUUUGACAUGGACUCCCAGCAGGAUGCAAUCUACACUACCUGCACCGAGAAGCUCAUUGAGGGCUGUUUCGAGGGCUAUAACGCCACCAUCUUUGCAUAUGGACAAACAGGGUCAGGGAAGACGUAUACCAUGGGGACAGGUUUUGAUGUCAACAUCGCUGAUGAAGAGCUGGGUAUCAUCCCCCGUGCAGUUCACCACCUCUUCAAAGGGAUUGAGGAGCGCCGGCAGGCUGCCCAGGAGCAAGGACGCCCUGUACCUGAGUUUAAGAUUAAUGCCCAGUUCCUUGAGCUGUAUAAUGAGGAAGUUCUGGACCUGUUUGACUCCGCACGAGACAUGAAGCAGAAAUCUCACAUAAAGAUCCAUGAAGACGCCAAUGGAGGAAUCUACACGGUGGGGGUGACCACAAGGACUGUGUCCUCUGAAGCAGAGAUGAUGCAGUGCCUAAAGCUGGGCGCUCUGUCUCGCACCACGGCCAGCACACAGAUGAAUGUACAGAGCUCUCGGUCCCACGCCAUCUUCACCAUCCACCUAUGCCAAGUCCGCGUCUGUGCCCCCGACAAUCAAGAAAAUGACAACGGCAACAGAGUUUCCAAUGGUAACUCAGAGAUGGACGAGUACGAGACGCUGACUGCUAAAUUUCACUUUGUGGACCUGGCUGGCUCUGAAAGGCUGAAGAGAACCGGAGCAACAGGUGACCGAGCCAAAGAGGGCAUCUCCAUCAACUGUGGACUGCUUGCACUGGGGAAUGUAAUCAGUGCUUUGGGUGACCGGAGCAAGCGGGCCUCCCAUGUACCUUACAGAGACUCCAAACUCACACGACUCCUGCAGGACUCUUUAGGAGGGAACAGUCAAACAGUGAUGAUUGCAUGCAUCAGCCCCUCUGACCGUGACUUCAUGGAGACACUGAACACUCUGAAGUACGCCAACCGAGCCAGGAACAUCAAGAACAAGGUGGUGGUGAACCAGGACAAGGCCAGCCAGCAGAUCAGUGCACUGAGGACAGAGAUCGCUCGACUCCAGAUGGAACUGAUGGAGUAUAAGACGGGUAAGAGAAUGGUGGGUGAGGAUGGUGUGGAGAGCUUCAGCGACAUGUUCCAUGAGAACACCAUGCUGCAGACGGAAAACAGCAACCUGAGAGUUAGAGUCAAGGCCAUGCAGGAAACCAUUGAUGCCCAGCGGGCGCGGCUCACUCAGCUGCUCAGUGACCAGGCCAACCAGGUCCUGGCCAGGGCAGGUGAAGGAGGGACUGAAGAAAUUGGAAACAUGAUUCAGAGUUACAUUAAAGAGAUUGAGGACCUCAGAGCCAAACUCUUGGAGAGCGAAGCUGUGAAUGAGAAUCUGAGGAAGAACCUCUCACGUGCCUCCAGCCGUCAGUCCUUCUAUGGAGGAUCUGGACCCUUCUACCAACUUCUGGCCCCCGAAAAGGAGACAUCGGAUAUUAUCGAGCUGGCCAAGAAAGAUCUGGAGAAAUUGAAAAAGCGAGGAGAAAAAAAGAAAAGAAAAGAAGAUAUGCCUGAUAACGAGCAAGACCGGGGCACUGAGGAGGUCCAGGAAGGCAGCGACCAUGAAGAAGGCGAAGAGGAAGAUGAGGAUGAAGAAGAGGAGAUGGAUGUGGAGGAGAGUUCUGAAGACUCUGACUCAGAGCUGGAUGAAAAAGAAAACUUCCAGGCAGAUCUGGCCAACAUCACCUGUGAGAUCGCCAUCAAACAGAAACUAAUUGACGAGUUGGAGAACAGCCAGCGGCGUCUGCAAACGCUCAAGCAGCAGUAUGAACAGAAGCUGAUGAUGCUGCAGUGCAAGAUCAGAGACACCCAGCUGGAGAGAGACCGCGUGUUGCAAAACAUGAAUUCAGUGGAAAGUGGUUCAGAGGACAAGGCUCGCAAAAUUAAGACUGAAUAUGAGAAGAAACUGAGCGUCAUGAACAAAGAGCUUCAGAAGCUCCAGUCAGCCCAGAAGGAGCACGCCCGACUACUGAAGAAUCAGUCACAAUAUGAAAAGCAGCUCAAGAAGCUUCAAAUGGAUGUGACAGAAAUGAAGAAGACCAAGGUGCGUCUUAUGAAGCAGAUGAAGGAGCAGCAAGAGAAGAACCGAAUGAACGAGUCUCGCAGAAACAGAGAAAUUGCUAGUUUGAAAAAAGAUCAGCGCAAGCAAGAGCACCAACUGAAGUUACUGGAAGCUCAGAAGAGACAGCAGGAGCUCAUUUUGAAGAGAAAGACAGAGGAGGUCACGGCUCUGAGGAGGCAGGUCAGACCCACUUCAGGUAAGGUCGUCAGGAAAAUCAAUCCUCCAGAGCCAGUGCAGGACUCUGCCUAUCGCACCUCCUCUGGGCGCAUGUACUCCUCAGGCAACACCACCCACAAUGGCACUCGGUCUUCCUACAGACGUACAGUUGGGCUUUACUCCACCAGAGUCGCCCGCAAUAAAUGGCAGUCUCUGGAGCGGAGGAUCACUGACGUCAUCAUGCAGAGGAUGACCAUCUCCAACAUGGAGGCUGACAUGAAUCGUCUUCUCAAACAACGGGAGGAGCUGACCAAACGUAAAGAGAAAGUAAUCAGGAAGAGGGACAGACUGGUUAGGGAGGGGCCGGAGUCGGAGAAAGCAUUACUUCCCCUGAAUGAGGAAGCAGACGCGUUGACGGCCAACAUCGAUUACAUCAAUGACAGUAUCACAGACUGCCAGGCCAACAUCAUGCAGCUGGAGGAGGCCAAGGAGGAAGGUGACACAGUGGACAUUUCUGCUGUGAUUGGCUCAUGUACACUGGCUGAAGCUCGUUUCCUGCUGGAUCACUUCAUGUCGAUGGCUAUUAAUAAGGGUCUGCAGGCAGCGCAGAGGGAGUCUCAGGUAAAGGUGAUGGAGGGCAGGCUGAAGCAGACUGAGAUCACCAGUGCCACGCAGAACCAGCUGCUCUUUCACAUGCUGAAGGAAAAGGCUGAGUUCAACCCGGAGCUGGAUGCCCUGCUCGGGAACGCUCUGCAAGAAAAUGGAGAAGAUAGCAGCAGUGAUGAGUCUGCACAGAGUCCUUCAGCAGAGGGAAACCCCUUAGCUUCAGAUGUUGUGAAACUUUGUAGUGAGCCCAAAACAAGGAAUAAGGCUCGUAGGAGGACCACUACGCAGAUGGAGUUGCUUUACGCAAACAGUGACUCUGCUGCGGACUUGGCCACUGCAGACUUCUGUAGUCCAAUGCUGCCGUUAGCAGACACACCAGAAGCGAGUGGAGACAUGGAUUUGUCGGGCUCCUCAGUCAGGGAAUACACAGCUCUUUCCCCCAGCUUAACCUCUAAAAUGGGCACCAUUUCUGGCUCCAGAACUCCAUCAGGAUUGGAAAAACGAGUGCCAGAACCUUCCCCGCGCUCUCGCAGGAAGAUAUAUGACAAGGCACAGGCAGCAGCUGACAGGCCAAAGGCCAAAGAGAUUGAACAGGGCAUCAUCAGCCCGGUCCCACCCACAAAGAGCAGUCGGUCAGCAGCGUUGCAGUGUGUCCACGUGGCGGAAGGACACAGUAAAGCUGUUCUGUGUGUGGACUGCACUGAUGACCUUCUCUUCACUGGAUCCAAAGACCGGACCUGUAAGGUGUGGAACCUGGUGACUGGUCAGGAGAUAAUGUCCCUAGCUGGUCAUCCAAACAAUGUGGUAUCAGUCCGCUACAGUUCCAGUUUGGUCUUCACCGUCUCCACAUCCUACAUCAAAGUCUGGGACAUCCGGGACUCUGCAAAGUGCAUUCGAACAUUAACGUCCUCCGGUCAGAUUAAUGUUGGAGAUGUUUGUGCAUCCACUACCAGCCGAACGGUUGCCAUCCCAUCAGGGGAGAACCAGAUCAACCAGAUAGCGCUCAAUCCCAGUGGCACAGUUCUGUAUGCCGCCGCUGGAAACUCUGUUCGAGUCUGGGAUCUCCGAAGGUUUGCAUUCACAGGGAAACUCACUGGUCACCUUGGUCCAGUAAUGUGUCUGACUGUGGAUCAGUCAGGAAACAAUCAAGACCUGGUGAUCACAGGGUCCAAGGAUCACUACAUCAAGCUGUUUGAAGUGGCUGAAGGCUCCCUGGGGAGCAUUAGUCCUACUCACAACUUUGAGCCACCCCAUUAUGAUGGCAUUGAGUCACUUGUGGUCCAAGGUGACAUCCUCUUCAGUGGCUCCCGAGAUAAUGGCAUUAAAAAAUGGGACUUGGACAGAAAGGACCUUGUGCAGCAAGUACCAAAUGCCCAUCGUGACUGGGUAUGUGCGCUGGGCGUCGUCCCUGGUUCCCCGGUGCUGCUGAGCGGCUGCAGAGGUGGAGUGCUCAAGCUGUGGCACACGGACACUCUUGGAACUCUAGGAGAGCUCAAAGGCCACGAGAGCCCCAUCAACAGCAUCUCGACGAACAGCAGCCACCUUUUCACCGCCUCCGAUGACCGGACGGUGAAGAUCUGGCGUGCACGUGGUGGACUGGACAGCACUUUGGAAGCAGUUGACAAUGCAGACGAGGUGGCUAGCAAUUGAACACAGCGUUCCCUGCUGGUGUCAGCUUUGGACAGACAAUUAAAGCAUUCUCCGACGUUCCUCUGCACUUUCGCCCUUAACUUAUUAAACCCAUGGUCAAGUCCCUACACUCUACACAUGACAUGUCAUCUGCACGAGUGUGUGAAGAGAAAGUGCUCUUCAGCUGGAUAUAAAACUGUUCCCCCCUGAGACUCAUUACACUCUUGCUGGAGAGAGACUGCAAAUAUUAGACUGUCCUUUCAUGCUAAAAGAGCUUUGGCUUUUAUCACUGGAGCUGAAUGUUUAGAAACGGUGCGUAUGGAGCCCUGCAUGAAGCAAAACGUGGGAUUUACAAAAUUCUAAUAUUGACUUUUAUGCAAGCAUUUCUAACAUUUCCACCACCAGUUAAUUCAGUUAGCUGGAAAUUUGA